AUGGAAGAGGUUGUGCAGUGGGCUGCCAAUGUGAUGGACCAUAAAACAGGAGCAGAAAAGAAAGCUCAGGUAGAGGAAAGAGUGAGGAGGAUCUCCUCAGACCUACACUGUGAAAUGUUGGACCUGAGUGUAGGAGAGAAUAUCACAGAGCUGUGCAAAAGAGAAAAAAAUAAAACAUUCUCGCCAAGGGUGUCUGUGGAAAUCCCUGUGAUAGGGCCUACGGAUACUGCAGAAUUCAUGAAUGCAGCCAGACUAGGGAAACUGAAUGUAAUAGAUAAAUAUCUGGCUGAUGGCGGGAACCCUAAUGUCCAUGAUGAGCUGAAGAGGACAGCGCUGCACCGUGCAUCUGUGGAAGGACACACUGCAGUUGUCCAAAUGCUUUUAGAAAAAGGAGCCAAUAUCAACUUUAAAGAUCAACUGGGCUCCAGGGCCAUACAUUGGGCCUGCAGAGGGGGAAGCCUGGGAGUUGUCAAAGCACUGAAGAGCCACGGGGCUGACCUGAAUGUUAGAGAUAAGUUGGACAGCACUCCUCUGCAUGUGGCCACAAGAACAGGCCACAUGGACAUUGUGGAGUACCUGCUGUCCUGUUGUGCCAAAAUCAACUCCAGUGACAGGGAAGGGGACACAGCCCUUCAUGAUGCUGUGCAACUCAACAGAUACAAGAUAGUGAAGCUGCUCCUAGAUGCAGGGGCGGACACAACAAUUAAAAAUCAUGAGGGAGUGACCGCAGUGCAGCAGGUUAAAGAAUGGCAGUUUGACAUCAUGGAGACCCUGCACACACUGGAGAAGCUGAGGGAGAUGGGACCUGAAAACACCUCGAGAGAGAGGAAUGAUUAA